CAAGAGCACGGGAAGCGCUCACUAAGAUACACACCAUCAUGGCGACUGCGCUGCAGAAACAGCUCGCAGCCAUCGCGGCGACGAGCACCCACCAGCUCGACCUCAAGGCGCAAAAGCUCGCCCACGGCAAAUCGCUGCUGUUUGAACCGCGCGUGGCCGCGUCGCAGUCCUUUGAGAACCUUUACCUGAUAUGCUACGAUGGCUACCGGGAUCUCUGCGCCCUGGACCCGCGCUUCACCCAGUUUUCGCGCAGUCUCUUCAGCGAACAGAGCAAAGUCGAGGAUCGCACACAGAUGACACAAAAAGAGAAUGAGUCCCUCAAUGGCGUUUUGGAGGCUUUUAUGACCAUGGUUGGUCCGCGCAUCUUGUUGAAACCUGCCGAGAAGGCCUUGGAAUGGCUGGUGCGACGGUUUAGGGUGCACGAGUACAACACAGAGACGCUGGUUCUUACUUACCUGCCUUACCACGACACCCCACAGUUCCUGGCCCUUCUAUCCAUAUUACCCCCCAACCCAUCCCACAACAUUCGCUUCCUCCACCCCUACAUCCAUUCCCCCACCAAUCCUCCGCGCAAGACCAUCGUCUACACUGCCGUCAAUACCCCCGCCUUCUUCGAUGCCUUCCAGAACUAUGUCAUCAAAGUUCUCAAAGCCCGCCACCAAGGACCCAGCCUGCUGUCUUUCUGGUCCAGUGUGACCACACAAGCGAUUGACGGCAUAUUAGAUCAGUCCAAAUCGGGACGGAGGGAGGUUCAAGAUCAGAAAAUUGAGAACGCUUUGUUGCGUAUCCUCCCCGUGCUCAACGCAUGCAUGCGAGCAUCGAGCGGUCCAGAGGCUGUCACGGCAUGCUACAUGAUUGUCGUCGUGCUCGUCACCAAGGGACUAUUUGAGGAUAAGGUCCUCGAUUCCCUCAUGGAAGCAGUUAUUCGAAGCCAGGCACCAGAGACUUUGGACGCCUGCCUUAUGUGCCUGGCUAUUAUUGCUGAAGAACGAUCCGAGGCCCAGUUUCCAUCCGCCGUCGCCAAACGAGUGAUGAGGAUUCCAAACUUGGACAGCACGCUGGUCACCCUGGCGUCGCGCUGUCGUGUCGAUCGCCUCACAUUAGCAUCUUCCCUUGCCGCCCUCGACGGGAUCGCAGGUUCAGAAGAGAAGCAGAAGCUGCUCCGAGACCUCUUAGACUCGCGCCUGUUGGGUGACUCCCACAUCGCCAUUGUCCUCACCGCACUGCUGCAAGUAGUUCGCCAAAGCGAAGCAGGGUCGGCUGAUCACGCUCAUUUGAUUGACUAUGUAUCUCGACUGGGCGAGGAAUCUGCUAUCUCUCAGGUCAUGGUAGCAGCUGCAAAGAAAAGUGGUCUAGAUCUCGAAUCACUUGGCCUGGCUCUGGGAUCCUCGAUUGAACAGGAAGAGCACAAGCUUUUGAGCGACGAAGAUGCCAAAAUGGAAGAUGCAGAGGACCAGACCAUAGAUGCUCCAAUUGUGCUUCUACCGGCCAUAUCGGAGGUCAGUUUCCUCGAAUCGGAAAACCAGGAAGCGUUCGAAACAACGUUCGCGGCUUUCCAGCAGGCCGUCGCAUCCAGCCAAACAGCAAGCUUUCUGAGCUCGGCCAGUCUUCAACAAGGAAAGGCCCUCCAAACCCCUCUCCAUCUCACAUUUCUGGCCCGAGCUUGGUGCAGCCCAUCUUUACCGGCCCCCCGCGUAACAGCACUGCGAUCAGCGACGUCGCUAAUCAAGUCGUCCGAGACUUCUGUCGAUUUGCAAAAUCUCAUUCCUUACUUGCUGUGUGCACUUUCAGAUCCCGCUCCAGCAAUCAGACGUUCGGCGACUGCACUCGUCGCUCAAAUUUCCGCGAAAGCCAAGGAUGCCAAAUCCAACACGCCGGUGUGGGGUUCCUCCCAACUGUAUGGUAAAGAAUCUAAGGUCCCACAACUUUCCAAAGAGCAAUCGAGCAGCCUCAUUUCUGUCCUUGUACCUAUGCUCGAAGAGUGCGCUAUGGAUCCCCGUUUCGUCAUCGCGUCUCUACGGGAUGUUCUUGAAGGCACAAAAACAUCGUUGAAGUCUACACUAAAAGGCCCCAUCCUCGCUUUCCUGGGUGCUCAUACCACUACAACUCCGUUGCUUGCUGUCCGUCUGCGACUCCUUCCACUAUUCAACUUCACAGGAAAGACCUCCGCCAAUGUUCGCACAAACAGUAUUCUGCCAGCUGUGCGAGCUUGGUUCUCGAUGUCUGCCGCAGAUGCCACGACAAAAUGCGCAAAUCAGCAAAUCAGUGUCUCUGAUGCAGAUCGACAUCACGUGGCUGCGCUAUUGGCCAAGGAGGCAGACAGCGCCGCUACGAUCAAGGACAGCAUAUCUGGAAAGCUCAGUAAAGAUAGGAUGGAGCUGCUAGAAGCCGUUUUUGGUUGGCUCAACACCAACUGGUCGUCAUUGCGAUCCGAGUCCCGACUAUCAUUGAGCCAGACUCUGCUGGAUAUCGCCCUUAGCGAAAGCACCACCGGUUUCAACGGGUCGAGUAGAGGCCAUGCGCUGGAAACGCUUCGAAAUGUCAAACUGGACACAGCCACCCUUGGAAUGUUCCUUGACAGCGUUCCAUCUGCUGUACAAAUGCCAGAAGAGCCUCCCGCCAAGAAGCGGAGGCGGACCAGUCGCAAUGAGAUGGUCAGAGCUGACGCCACAACGCCAGAAGAGGUUUCGAGGCUUCUCCGAAGACUCACUCUGGUGCUCGAGCUGAUCGAAGGAUCUAACCCUAGCGAACAUCCGGAGUUGUUCAAGAGUUUGUUCGCUAUCCUCGGCGAUUUACAGCCGCUUCGACAGCAAUCCGGCUCAGAGCUCGUUUACUUACAAGGACUCAUUUUGGGCUCGCUCACACCUAUGGUGAAUCAGAUCAAGACCCAGAAAGACGCUGGCGAAUACCAAGCGUCUGUCCGGGCUGACCUCCUCGUUGAUUGCAUCCGGCACUCCGCCAGCCCACAAGUGCAGAACGCGGCCCUUAUGCUCAUAUCUUCCCUGGCCUCAUGGGUUCCCGACGUCAUUCUUCACAACUUGAUGCCCAUAUUUACGUUCAUAGGAUCGACGUUACUUCGGCAGCAAGAUGAAUACUCCGCGCAUGUUGUGGAUCAGACAAUCUCCCGCGUUGUGCCUCAGCUGGCCACUUCCCUAAGACAGAAGCAGAAGAACUUCCUCUCUGGUGUUGCCGAUCUGCUUCUGAGUUUCACUGCUGCUUUCGAGCACAUCCCCGAACCCCGGAGACUGAAGCUUUUUGCCGAACUCGCGCGCACUUUGGGUCCCGAGGAUGCUCUCUCUGCCAUUCUCGCGUUAUUGGUCGAUAGGUACCCCAACAGCAAGGUUCAGCGAAGAUUCUCUGUCGAAUUGCUGCUCGUUUUCGAUCCUAUCGUCAGUUUACAGACUAUCAAGGGUUACUUGGACCUUGUUGAGGAUGCAAGUGGCUCGAAGCGUACAGUGGCCGACACAUUGUUCAGCCUGAACGAAAAGCAGCCAGGACAGAUCGAGGGCGUGUUGACUAAUCUCCUUUCAUCGCUGGCUGACCUGGCAGCAGACGAGCGACUCAUCUCACACGUUGCCAAAGCAUUCAAGCGGAGAUCCGAUCCUUCCCCGCCGCGGAAACUCUUUGCCAAUAUUGUCGAAUCCACUAUUCGUCUUUCCAAGGUGGUAGCACGCCAACAGAAAGUGUACCAGUGCUGUAGCCGCGUACUCGGACGCUGUCUUAAUCUCCUACCAACCGCAGACCUUGUCAAGUCUGCUGAAUUGUUGCUUGCGAAUGCCGAUCACGAGGUGCAAAUUGCAGCGAUCCGAAGUGUGGAGAUACGAACCAGUGCUGUACUGUCAGGCGACAAGACGUCUGUUACGUCACUAGUGGCGUUCUUGCCGCUUCUCGACGAGACCCUACAGAAAACUUCCAACCUUGAUGUCAAGCGAAUUGUCUUGAGUUGUAUCGAAAGUAUUGUCGGUCGAUUCGGAAAGCGAGAUCCUUCCGCUGUAGCAACCAUUGCCCAGACUGUCUCAGGUCCCAAAUCACUAUCCAGCGAUGAUGACCAAGUUCGAAUUUUGUCUUUGCUCUGUCUCACUUCUGUUAUUGAUGUAUUGGAGGAUGAGGCGAUUUCGCUUCUUCCCACAGUGCUGCCUGCUGCGUGCGAUUACCUCGGCAAAGCCAUUGAAGAUGAGAACGAAGGACUCCACAACGCAGUCUAUGCCCUGCUCACCAACACGGUACACCGACUGGGUUUCAUGUUCUCGCGAGAAUACCUUAUUCCAGUGCUCAAACUGUCGCAGCAGUCGGCUGUGGGUGGCCUGGAAGACGCUUGUGACGAAGAGCGUACACAGUUUUACCAGAGCAUUUCGCGAAAUCUCGAGCCUCAAGAAGUUUUUACCGCUGCUAGGGCCACGUGGACGGAUGCGAUUGCGCAAGGCUCCGAGGCACUGACUGAGCAGCUCAACUUGGUCCAAUCCACGAUUGAAGCCAAGACCAAAUCUCAAUUGGUCAAAUCCAGCUCCACGCUCUUCAGCCUCUUCCUCGAAGCCUUCAAGUUGCGCGAUGCAGUGUCAGAGAAGAGCGACGAUUUUGAUGAUGACGAAGUUGAACAAAUGGAAGAGUCCCUUGUGCAAGCAGUCAUUUCAAUGACCCUAAAGCUGAAUGACGCCACAUUCCGACCCUUCUUCGCGCAGCUAGUUGAAUCUUUUGCCUCCAACUCCCUAACCUUCUACAAAUUCCUCGGCGCCUUCUUCGACAGAUUCAAGUCCAUCGUCACAAGCUACUCUAGCUACAUUCUAGACCCAGCAUCCACCCUCCUCACAACCCUCGCCGACCCCUCCCAACCCAACGAACCUCUCCAAGCGGCCCUUCUCACCGCUCUCCAAAACACCUUCGACAACGACCAAGACGCUUUCUGGCAAUCCCCCUCCCAUCUCUCCACCAUUCUCACCCCUCUUCUCUCGCAUCUAACGAUCCCCCCAACCGACACCAACCCUCUUAAAACCCACACUAUCCCCACCAUCACAUCCCUCGCCGCGACGCUUCCCUCAUCUACGGACGCACAUCGCGAUAUUAACGGCGUAUUGUUGAAGUACAUGCGCGACGAGAACCCACAUACGCGGUUCGCGGCUGUGGCGUGCCAAAGAGCACUUACGGAACGACUUGGCGAAGAAUGGUUGGGCUUGUUACCUGAGAUGCUGCCGUUUAUCAGCGAGGCUAGGGAGGACGAUGAUGAAGCUGUCGAGAGGGAGACUGCCAAGUGGAUCGCGGAUGUUGAAAAAGCGCUAGGUGAGGAUUUGGAAGCCAUGCUUGUUUAAGUUCCUAGAUGCACGGCAAAUUCCCCACGUGUAUGUGAAUGGAAAUCAGCUUUCUUUUUGUAAAUCUCGGGCUUAGUGAGAAUCUAGAAAAAUUACGUGUUUUAUGUUCAGUUCAGUCUCGUCCUCGCUGAUAUGUGUGCCUUUUUUUUUGGUAGUGUGUUGAUCGUGUGUGAAACCUUGCACGUGGAAC